CGCCGGAAGUGGCGGGAGGCCCCGCCCCCUACCAGGGUCUCUGUGGAGCGGCGGACGCGCCGGCUUUGAGCAUCCCUGGCGGGCCGUGGGGAGGCCCUGGGGCUGCGGCUCCGGCGGCCGCGGCCCCGCCCGCCUUCGACAUGGCCAGCUCCGGAGAGGACACAUCCAACGAUGACGACGUGCCCCCUGCAGCAGCCGCCAUGGCGGCGGGCUCCCACCUUCUCGGCUUCUCGGACGAGAUCCUGCUGCACAUCCUGAGCCACGUGCCCAGCACAGACCUGGUUCUGAAUGUUCGGCGUACCUGCCGGAAACUGGCGGCCCUGUGCCUGGACAAGAGCCUCACCCACACCGUGCUGCUGCAGAAGGACUAUGAGGCGAGCGAGGACAAGGUGAAGCAGCUGGUGAAGGAGAUCGGCCGGGAGAUCCAGCAGCUCGACAUGGCCGGCUGCUACUGGCUGUCGGGCGCCACCAUCGAGCAUGUGGCCCGCUGCCGCAGCCUGGUGAAGGUGAACCUCUCAGGCUGCCACCUGACCUCCCUGCGCCUCUCCAAGAUGCUCUCGGCCCUGCAGCAGCUGCGCUCCCUGGCCAUCGACGUGAGCCCCGGCUUCGAUGCCGGCCAGCUGAGCGGUGAGUGCAAGGCCACGCUGAGCCGCGUGCGGGAGCUCAAGCAGACGCUGUACACGCCGUCCUAUGGCGUCGUGCCCUGCUGCACCAGCCUGGAGAAACUGCUGCUCUACUUCGAGAUCCUGGACCGCACGCGCGAGGGUGCCGUCCUGUCGGGCCAGCUGAUGGUGGGCCAGAGCAACGUGCCGCACUACCAGAACCUACGUGUCUUCUACGCGCGCCUGGCGCCCGGCUACAUCAACCAGGAGGUGGUGCGGCUCUACCUGGCUGUGCUCAGCGACCGCACGCCUGAGAACCUGCACGCCUUCCUCAUCUCCGUGCCUGGCAGCUUCGCCGAGAGCGGGGCCACCAAGAACCUGCUGGACUCCAUGGCCCGCAACGUGGCGCUGGAUGCCCUGCAGCUGCCCCGGUCCUGGCUCAAUGGCUCGUCCCUGCUGCAGCACUUGAAGUUCAACAACCCCUUCUACUUCAGCUUCAGCCGCUGCGCCCUGUCCGGCGGCCACCUGAUCCAGCGCGUCAUCAACGGCGGGAAGGAGCUGCGCAGCCUGGCGAGCCUCAACCUCAGCGGCUGUGUCCACUGCCUUUCGCCGGACUCCCUGCUCCGCAAGGCGGAGGAUGAUAUCGACAGCAGCAUCCUGGAGACGCUGGUGGCAUCCUGCCGCAACCUGCGCCACCUCAACCUCUCGGCCGCCCACCACCACAGCUCCGAGGGCCCGGGCCGCCACCUGUGCCAGCUGCUGGCCCGACUGCACCACUUGCGCUCCCUGUCCCUGCCUGUCUGCUCCGUCGCCGACUCGGCGCCGCGGGCCGACCGCGCUCCCGCCCAGCCCGCCAUGCACGCCGUGCCCCGCGGCUUCGGCAAGAAGGUGCGCAUCGGUGUGCCGUCCAGCCCUGGCCCCUUCCCGGGCCAGGCGGGCCCCCAGCCAUCCUCUGUGUUCUGGUCCCUGCUGAAGAGUGUGCCCUUUCUGGAGCGCCUGGAGCUGAUCGGGUCCAACUUCUCCUCCGCCAUGCCGCGCAACGAGCCCGCCAUCCGCAACUCCCUCCCGCCCUGCAGCCGGGCACAGAGCGUUGGGGACUCGGAGGUGGCCGCCAUCGGGCAGCUGGCCUUCCUGCGGCACCUGACGCUGGCGCAGCUGCCCAGCAUCCUGACGGGCUCCGGGCUGCUCAGCAUUGGCCUGCAGUGCCAGCAGCUGCAGUCCCUCUCGCUGGCCAACCUGGGCAUGAUGGGGAAGGUGGUCUACAUGUCCGCCUUGUCGGACAUGCUGAGACACUGCACGCGGCUGAAGGACCUCAGGCUGGAGCAGCCCUACUUCAGCGCAAACGCCCAGUUCUUCCAGGCGCUCAGCCAGUGCUCCGCGCUGCAGCGCCUGUGCCUGGUGUCCCGCAGCGGCACACUCCAGCCCGAGGCCGUGCUGGCCUUCAUGGCCCGCUGCCUGCGUGUCGUCGUGUGCCACAUGUUCACUGGGGAGUCCCUGGCCACCUGCAAGAGCCUGCAGCAGUCCCUGCUCCGGAGUUUCCAGGCCGAGCGGCCCGCGCUGAAUGUCGUCAUCUUCCCUCUGCUCCACGAGGGCCUGACCAAUGUCAUCCGGGACGUCCCCAUGGUGCACCUGGAUGAGAUCACCUUAUUUAAAAGCAGAGUGGCCGAGGAGCCCCCCAACCUGUGGUGGUGACAGGGACAGCUGGUGCCAGGCGAAGCUGCUUCCGGCAGCCGAGCCUCCCGCCUGCUGCUGUCGCCUCUGCCAGUCUCCUGGGCCAGGAAGCAGGACUGCCCUGACGGGAGUGUGACCUGGCUAUCGCUGCUCACCGCCUGCACGUGCUGGACUCCGGGGCCCGCCGGGUCCCAAGAGGAAGGAUGCCCCCUCUGCCCAGCCAUCCCGCAUACCUGUCGUCUCCCAGGGCCUCCCGAAGCUUCCUCUUGCUUUCUCUCGGGCGCUCGGUGAAGCAUGGGUCUCAUCUGUGAGGAGGAUGAGGAUGAAGAGCCGCUGUCAGGGUGACCUGCGGGGCCCGGCUGGGGUGUUCCUGAACUGAGACUCACAGCCGUCACGCAGCGCUGACUCCUCAGGUCCCUGACCUGGUCCCCAGAGCAGCACGGGCCGCCAGUGCCGUCCCCCGCCGCUACUUCACCCUCCACAGGGUGUCCUUUGUUUCUGGCCACCUGCAUCAGGCUCUGAAAGCGGGUGGCCUCAUGGGGUGACUGUGCGUGUGGGGGUGGACGCGCUCCCGUGGUGACACAAGGGUACAGCUGGUGAUUGCGUGCCCAGUGGCCUUCCUUUGGGCCAACUGGGAGCACGACGCAGUGGGAAGCUUCAGAUUUGAGGCUCUCCUUCCCAGGAAGACAACAUUUUAACCCAAUUGUGUGUCCACCAGUCUCCAGCCAGAUGGAUUCAGACAAGUUCUGGGCCGUGGCUGGCAGGGUCCCCCGUGGGGGCUGGGACCAUGGGGCGAGGCCUGGGGCAGGCCUGUUGCCCAGCCAGCACAGCACUCAGCUUUAGGACCGCUCUCCAUGAAGAUCUGUGUUUCUGGGGAACUACGUAUCUGGCUUCAUUCAGACACUUGAAAUAUUAAAACUAGAAAGGACAUUUAAAAACCAGAAUAGUGAUCCAACUACCCCAUGUUCUAGAGCUUUAUUUAGCACUGUUAAAAAUUUCAGUGCAGCUAAUGCAAAUUUGGGGAGUGACCUCCCCAGUGUCCGAGGCCUCUUUCCCUGUGCUGAGCCCUCUGCCUUCUCUACCACACGACUCUGCCAGCGCUGGCGGCUCCUCGGCCCGUGGCUUCCGAGGGGCUGCGAUCGGUUCCUUCCACCCCAGCUCCAGGCCUGAUCACUCUCGGUGAUGCUCCUGGAGCCCUGCGGGGGACGCUGGGCACUGUUGCCGGCUUCCCAGCCAGGGGCAAGUCAAUCCUGCAGAGGCUGUCUCCCCGGGAUCCCCAGCCUCCGUCUCCCUCUGGGUUGGGGUGCAGGGCCCAGUGGGCCCUGCUCACGCUGCUGGUGCCCUUCUUGGCUGCCAUCUCCUCUGGGGCCCCCAGCCCAGCCAUCUUCCCACUUUGUGUCUGUGGUGACUGUCCCCCUCCCCCCAUUCCAUGUAGCAUGUCCUGCAGCUUACCUACUAAAAGAACAAGUCCGUGGCCCUGGGGCUUUUUCACUUCCUUUCCUUUCCCUGGGUUCUUGAGGGACGGAUAGUUCAGCAGCCCCAAACUCUGCGGGCUGAGGGGGCCCAGGAAGCCAGACAGAGCUGCAGGAAUCAAGCAGUCCCGGGGUCAGGGCCCUGGGAGGAGCAGUCUGUCUGGCCGUCACUGCCUAUCCCAGGGGCUCUGCUCUGCCCUCCCGUCCCUCCUCUUGUCUGAAUGGACGGGAGUCUAUACAGGUGGCGUGGGGUGAGUCUCCCCGCUCCUCACCGUGGUUUUCAUGCCUUUUCCCUACCCCAGGCUGUGGCCGGCUCUUCUUUGCAGCCUGAACAGAGGGACCGGUCUGCAGGUCGCCCGCAGGUGAAUGCCUAUGGGCUUCACCUUGGAGGUCCUGAUGUGGUCUGAGAGCCCUGCCUGGCCUUGGAGGCUGAUGGACAGGGUGCCCUGGGCCCCAUAGAGACGGGGCUGAGGUUCCUGUAGGGUCCCAUGGCUGUAGAUGAGAGUGUGAGAAUUGGUGGGCGUACCUCCCCUCCCCAGUUUUGAGUUAUUUCAUGUGGUACCCAGAGACCCCCCCCGCCCCCCAGGCAAGGGUGGUCAGGAAGGGGCUGGUAUGGGGGCUGACCGCUUCUGACCCUCAGAGCAAGCGUGUGACCGGCAGGGCUGAGGUGCGCAGGGCCCUAGGUGGCUCCGGGUGUCCUCUCCUCCAGAGCAGCCCGGGCUCCGGCUGGAGAGUGAGCUUUCCCCCAGGCUGCGAUGGUGUGUUCAUACGCUCGCUUGGGCAGUCUGUUUGCACGAGCGAGCGGGCUUAACCAGCAGCAUCACUGUUGCCGCCAAACCGGGCUGGGAGGGGCCGGAGGGGCCGCUCACCGAGGCUGAGCCGGCCGGUGGGGGGGCGGUGUUGUGCAGAGCCGCCCCCCGCCCAGCAGACCUUGUAUCUUAGCGUCCCCGUCCGGCUCCUAGAGCAAGGGCUGCCGCCACUCCUGGCCCGAGACGGGACUGCGCAGCCUGUUAACACUGAGCUGUUUGUCGCUAAGUGCUAUUUUGGCAGUGGUGUUAAUUGCAAUUUAUAUUCUGCAGCUUUUUAUGCGGGGAAAAGAACCCACCCUAAUGGUCCCCAAUUGGCAGAACUGGGCUGUUAAGUGCGGACCAUAUGCUGCCUGCCGAGAGGGGCCUGGUCAGCACUGCUGGCUGCGCGUGCGCGUACAUCCACCUGCACACGCGUGUGAGUGUGGUCUGCUUCAUGCACGUGCACGGUGUGCGUGCGCGUGCACGUUUCCACACAUGAUUGCGUGUGUGCGUGUGCGUGCGCAUGUACGAGGGAGAGAGAAGAGCCUGGGGCAGGUGGGCAGGAUGAGGAGGGAGGAGAGGAGAGAUCAAGGUGUUUAUCCCUUCGCGAAGAUAGAAGCCACCUGCGCCUCCAAGGCCGCUCCUCCUGCCUGCGACCUCUCUGCCCUAGACCCCGUGGCUGGUCUUCCCCUGCCCUCCCCGGGUGGCCUGGGGUGUUGGCUGCCACACCUCCAUACAGCCUGGUCAGAGGGCUGAAGGUGCUCCCCCGGGGACGCCCCUGGAGCCUGCAGAGACCAGAGGCCUGCGGCUUCCCUGUCUGUGGUUUUUCAUUCUCACGGGCAAGUAUGUUUACUUCCCAGCUCAAGGAGGCUGCCUUAAGGACACCUCACUCUGGCAUAUGCCGGGAGGCCGAUUCUAUCCCUGCCUGUCAGCUGUCCUCUGAACCCCCGUGUCCUACACCAGGCUGGAGGGCGCGCUGCUCAGGCCCACGGCUGGAGCCCAGGAUGGGCUCUGGGAUGACCCCCCACACACACACACACACCUCGGGCAGCUCUGCAAGGCUGGGUGUUGGGGGCGAGCUUCCCUUAACUGCCCCUGUGCCAGGACCCACAGCUGCAGGCCACUUGGCUGAGAGGAUGAAGCUUGGCGGAGGCCUGGCUGGGAGAGCUGGGCCGGGGGAGCAGGGCCACAGGAGCCCAGGGACCCGGAUGUCUGUUGGCCCUCGAGGGUCUGAAACCAGCCUGUGCCAUCCUGGUUGUGCCAGCGGCCCUCCCCGAGUCUGUGCCAAGAAGGCAACGAUCCUGCAGCCUGCCUCCCCACCUUGUGAGAAGGGAACCCUGCUGGGGACCCACUUUCAUGACCUUUCCGGGGGCACAGGGGCAGCGGGCAGCCUGCUGCUCCGUCUGGCCCUCACUGUCUGCUUCUGGAGGGCGUGAGAGUUGCUGAGUCCUCAUGAGGAAGAGUAAUAAGGAAUGAGAAGCUUGUGGACGAGGAUAAUGCCAUGUGGCUGAUGAUGGCAGAUUCCAGCGGAGACCCCGGAUUGCGGAUGGAGACGUGGAAGGGGGCACUGGUGGACAGUUCCCUUGGCCCUGAGCCUCCUCCCCCACACUUCGACAGGAGGGGACAGGAUUGUGCAGCAGGGGCUUGGGUGCCCUUGUGGUGUUCGUGCUGGGGAUGUGGGAUUCUCGCCGGGAGUCUCUAAGGUUGCUGAAACAGGCCGGGUGCACCCGAACGUCUAGAUUACUUUUUUUUUUUUUUUUGGUCAGAGAGAGGGAGAGAGAGCGAGCGCAGGCAGACAGAAUGGCAGGCAGAGGCAGAGGGAGAAGCAGGCUCCCUGCCGAGCAAGGAGCCCGAUGCGGGAC